GCUCCAUGUGGGGGGUGCUGCGCGCUGCGGGGAGGGUGCGCGGGCCUUUGCGCGCUGCCGCCUGCCGCCUCAUGGCCGCUUCGAGCCCGGCAGCAGCGCUGACCCAGGGACCCGCCAGCACCGCCGGCAUCAUCAUCAUCGGCGAUGAGAUUCUCAAGGGCUACACGCAGGACACGAACUCCUCCUUCAUGUGCCGGCGCCUGCGGGCUCUUGGCGUGAGCGUCGCCCGCAUCUCCGUGGUGCCCGAUGAUGUGGAGGCCAUCGCCAGCGAGGUGGCCGCCUUUGCUGCUCGUUUCACCUACGUGCUGACCUCGGGCGGCAUCGGCCCCACGCACGACGAUGUGACCUUCGAGGCCGUGGCUAAAGCCUUCGGGGAGAGGGUCGUCCUCCAUCCCGAGCUGGUGGCGCUGGUGCACAAGUUCUUCGGCAAGACGGAGGAGCAGUGCCCUGAGAUGAAGCUGGCUCGCAUCCCCGAGUCCUCCCGCCUCAACUACGGCACGGACGGGCGCACGGGCAGCGCCUUCAAGUACCCGCUGGUCAGUGUGCGCAAUGUGUACAUCUUCCCCGGCAUCCCGGCGCUGAUGGAGCGGGCCCUGGAUGGCCUCGCUCACCUCUUCCGCAGCAAGCAGACCCAUUUCCACUCCCGCACCGUCUACGUGGCCUCUGAUGAGAUGCUCAUCACGCCGGUGCUGGACAGGGCUGAUGCCGCCUUCCGGGGCCGUGUCAGCUUGGGCUCGUACCCAGACUGGACCAGCAAUUACUACCGUGUGAAGCUGACCCUGGACUCAGAGUCAGAGCAGGACCUGGAGGAAGCGUAUGGCUUCUUGAUGAGGGAGCUGCCAGCGGGUGUUGCCGUGCCGUUGGUGACAGACUGUGUCUCUCCAGCAGCUGUGGAGGUUUAUGGCCUGGCUGAGUCAGGCUCGGCCCUGGGGCAGAAGGUGGCAGCAGCCCUGAGAACCAUCGAGGAGGCUUUGGACCAGUACAGCCUGGUCCAGCUCUGCGUGGGCUUCAACGGGGGCAAGGACUGCACAGCCCUGCUGCACCUCGUCCAUGCUGCAGUGCAGAGGCGGCUCCCAGCAAGGAAGGAGAAGCUGCAGGUGCUCUACAUCCGCAUUGUGUCCCCAUUCCCUGAAAUGGAGCAGUUCAUUCAGGCAACAGUGCAGAGGUACGGGGUGCAGCUCUGCACCGUGGAGGGCUCCAUCCGGGAGGCCCUGGUCCAGCUGAAGGAGCAGCAGCCCCAGCUGGAGGCUGUCCUGAUGGGAACGCGGCGCACGGAUCCCUACUCACGCACCCUGACCCCCAUGUGUGCCACAGACCCCGACUGGCCCCCUUACAUGCGGGUGAACCCCUUGCUGGACUGGACCUACCGGGACAUCUGGGAGUUCCUGCGCAAGCUCUUUGUCCCUUACUGUAUCCUCUAUGACAGGGGCUACACAUCCCUGGGGAGCAUGACCAACACAAAGAAGAACCCAGCCCUACGCUGCACCGAUGCUCAGGGCCGGGAGAGCUACAGGCCUGCCUACGAGCUGGAAAACGAGGAAGAGGAGCGCACCUCCCGCCAGUGAAGGCCAUGUUCUGGGAGCCUCCUCCCCUGGAAUGCUGCUGAGAGUGACACUGAAUAAAGCUGCUGCCUGUCAGCACUAAAUAAACCUGCUGCAGUCUGCACUGCGCUGGCACGUGGUCUUGUUGAGCCCUGAGGGCUCCAUGGGGCAGGAGCGGGAGGAACAAAAGGGUCCCCAGGUUGUGCCCUGUCCCUGCACCCACUAUUGUGGGAGUUUUGGAAAUGCAGAGAACGUAGCAGGUUCCAGUGCUUGCCAGGGCCCCACACAUCAGCGCUGCUGCCUCUCCCACUGUGUCAGAUCCUGCUGGUUCCUCACGGGCCAUGCGCCUCCUCUGGAGCGUGGCAGCCUGUCUGCAGGGUGCCCCCCAGCAGGUGGCACGGGUACAGGCCCUGGCACUGCCAGCACCCACUGCCACCUCCCUGGGGCUGCGCCUGGGCUCCUGGUUGCUGCGGCUUCUGUGGAAAUGCUUCUACUUCCUUCUCUGCAGCUGGUGCAUCCGUGAGCUGCUGGACUAGGGAAGGAGUGUCCCAGGACCCCGUCAGCCCCUGCCUGCCCUGGUGCUGUGGGUGAGUGACCUGCCUGCAGCUUGACUUGGCAUGGUGCUUGGAAUGUCACAGGGGCCUGGAUGCGGUGUUUGGGGGUGACAGAAACCAGCCAUGGUGCUUGGAAUGUCACAGGGGCCUGGCUGUGGUGUUUGGGGGUGACAGAAGCCAGCCAUGGUGCUUGGAAGGUGACAGGGGCCUGGCUGUGGUGUUUGGGGGUGACAGAAACCAGCCAUGGUGCUUGGAAUGUCACAGGGGCCUGGCUGUGGUGUUUGGGGGUGACAGAAACCAGCCAUGGUGCUUGGAAGGUGACAGGGGCCUGGCUGUGGUGUUUGGGGGUGACAGAAACCAGCCACGGUGCUCCUGGAGUGAGAAGGGCCUGGCUGUGGUGUCUGAGGGGAGGCAGCCUGGCUGUGGCAGUUCUGGGGGUUGAGAGGGUGUGGCCUUGGCGCUGGUCAGUGCAUUGUUACCCCCUGUGCCUCUCUCCCCUCCCCAGGACUGUCCUCUUGCCCUGUGCUGAUGGAGCUGAUGGACUUGUGGCGCUGAGACUCUGCUCCAGCCUGUGCUCCCCCUGAUCAGAGACCCCAAUAAACCUGAGCAGUGCCUGACUGGCUGCAUCUGUUUGGGCAGAGCUCUGGCAAUGUCUGUGUGACUCUGUGUGUGUGUGUGUGUGUCCCCAAACCUCCUGAUCCCAGCCCUGGGUAGCACUCAGGCACUCCAGCACACCCCUUGCCCCUGUCCAGGACUGAGUGUCCUCACAUCCCUUGGGGCCAAGGGGCAAGAGUGGGGGGCUGCCUGCAUCUCCUGCCUGCUCCCCCACUCCUGCCUGCUCCUGUUUCACUCUGUGGGAAGCACCUAGAGCAGAA